AUGAGACAAACUGGUAUUAACGGUACCUUCCAAAUGUACGUCAAAAAUGCCAAAGAUUUAUUCGAACUGACCCCUAACAAAGCUACCAACGAAGCUACAUUCACUAUUAAAGUCAAAAAUAGUACUGCACUGGACUACGAAAGAAUAAAACUACUAAACUUCACAAUUGUAGCCAAGGAAGUAGUUAAAGUCAGUCCUAAAUCCAGUGAAGUACCGGUUAUAGUACAUAUUUUAGAUAGAAACGAUAACUAUCCCGAAUUUACAAAGACUUCUUAUGAGGUUUGGGUGCCAGAAAAUUGCGAGGUUGGUACUACCGUAGCCUGGGUGCAAGCGCUUGACGAUGAUUCUGGAUCGUUUGGUACAACCGGUGUGAGAUACACUAACAUUGCUGGAAGUAUUUCGAAUUUAUUAAAUCUUCAUCCAGUGACUGGAAUUAUCACUGUAAAACUGGAAGGAGGACCUUCAUGGGACAGAGAACAAGUCUCUAGGCAUUAUUUGACAGUUGAAGCCCGAGACGACUUAGGAAAUGGAAACAGAAACACCGUACAGCUUAUUAUUAACAUAGAGGAUGAAAACGACAACAAUCCGGUGUUUGUUCAGACUAAAUACGAAGCUAGGUUACUGGAAAACAAGAAAAACUUCGAGGCAGUGCUUAAAGUUGAGGCUAGAGAUGCUGAUCUGAAUGGUACAAAAAACAGCGAAAUUGAGUACUUACUGUUCGGAGAACUCCACCAAAACUUCACUAUAGACCCUGUAACCGGCAUAAUCAAACCCAAGCACCCGAUUGACUUUGAAAACAUCGAAGGACCAGAAGAGGAAAAUGUCAGAAUACUUUACCUUACUGUCAGAGCUAGAGACCACGGGACUCCGAGCCUCUACAACGAGGUUCCGUUGCAUAUAUACAUAGAAGACGUAAAUGACAAUGCUCCCUUCUUUGAUUAUGUUUUUUACAAUGCUUCUAUACCAGAAGACGCGGAAGGUGGUACUCAAAUCAUACAAGUGGAAGCAUUUGAUCUGGAUGGAUCAUCACCAAACAAUCGAAUAGUUUAUCGAAUUCAAACAGGAGCUCUUGAUAAGUUUGUGAUCGAUUCUGAGACAGGUGUUAUAUCAGUUGCAAGUGGUGCAAACCUGGAUCCAGAUCUGUCACAACCUAGAAAGAGUCUCUAUUCUCUAAACGUUUUGGCUCUGGAUGGCGGUCAAGGAGAAAAUCAACUCCAUGCAGCUGUAACAGUGGAAAUCCUGAUUCAGGAUGUAAAUAAUAAGAACCCUGAGCUUCUGGACAUAGAAGAUUUGUCAGUGGAAGAGAAUACCCCCGUUGGAACUGUCAUAGCAAAAAUACGGGCUAGAGAUCCAGACGAAACAGCCAAGUUGAUUUACAUGCUCGACCAAGACAAUUGUCAAGCAAAAAACGAGCGAGAUAUUCUUUUAAAAGCUGAUGAUAUUAAAUGCGUUAGUUAUUUCAAUUUGGAACCUUCCUCUGGAGUCCUAAGCGUUGGCAAACAGAUUGACAGGGAAGAAAUUGAUAUGUUCCGGAUCAGUGUGAUCGUUUCAGAUGAGAAUUCUGACACAGGACAACAAAUAGACUCGGCUACUUUUAAAAUUCAGAUUGAGGAUGUUAACGAUAAUAACCCUAAGUUUACCCAACCCUUCUACAAAUUCAGCGUGCAAGAGAACGGCAAGAAUGGUAUUUUAAUCGGCACAGUUAGAGCAAUAGAUCCAGACAAAAACAAAACAAUAUUUUACAAGAUCGAGGGUAAGCAACAAAACAACAAUUUAGUUCACUUAGAUAGCAGUUCUGGAGAUCUGGUAGUGGCUAGCAAAAUCGAUCGAGAAAGUCAUCAAUGGCUCAAUUUUACUAUUAAAGCCGUCGACUCUGGAGUACCCAGUCUUUCAACACGCUCAGAAGUCCUUGUACAAAUUCUAGAUGAAAACGAUAAUAAUCCUGAAUUUGAUCCUGAACCCAAAGCACUCGUUAUACUUGAAAAUAUUCAGCCAGGCAGUAAAAUAAGUACAAUUAGAGCUACAGACGCUGACUCGGGAGAGUACGGUAAAAUAACCUAUAUCCUGGAUAGAGUAUCGUCUCAAGGAAAAUUUGCUAUUGACAGUGACAGUGGAGUAUUAAGGGUAGCUGAGGAACUAGACAGAGAAGACAGAGCUUCGUAUAUGCUUAUUAUAGAAGCUUGGGAUAAUUACCAAUAUGGAUUUAACGCCAGGGAAAGCAGAAAUGCUUUUAAACAUCUUAAUGUCACUCUCUUGGACGUAAACGAUAACACACCAGAACUAGUAGUCGAAACAGGCUGUAUUAACAUCACAGAAUUCCAGGAAGUCAACCAGCCAAUUACUCUAGCCCAUGCCUCAGAUGAUGAUGACCCCAACACUCCAAAUGGCCAGGUUAUAAUCGAUAUAUCCGAUGGAAACACUGAAGAUUUAUUUGAAUUGUACCAGGUGUCUGAGUGGUCGUCUCAGAUCAGAACUAGAAGUUCUUUGAGGGGUCGACAUGGGAACUAUACCUUGAUACUUAGGGCUCAGGAUUUAGGGAACCCUAGUUUACUAACUGAAGAAGCUGUAAGGAUAUGCGUGAUGGAUUAUAACGACCAUCCUCCAGUUUUUGUAUCACCUCCACAUAAUUCAACACUACGUGUCCCAGAGAAUGCUACAGUGGGCAGUGCCUUAGUCCAAAUAAUAGCCACGGAUGAAGAUGUAGGUCGUAAUGGGGCUGUUAGAUACAAACUAAAGACUGACCCAGCUGGACAUUGGAGAACAUUCACUCUACAGCCUGUUUCAGGAAUACUAGAGCUACGAUUACCUCUGGAUAGGAAAAAACAAAAAAUAUUUGACAUUCGUGUUGAAGCUUACGAUUUAGGUAUGCCCACACCUUUAAGUUCUGACCUCGAUUUAACCGUCUAUGUUAGUGAUGUUAAUGAAUACCAACCCCAGUUUGUUGAAGACGAAUAUGUCAUAGAAUUUACAGAAAACGAAGAUCCAGGAAUUGAAAUUAAGACUCUCCCAAAAACUAUCGAUCGUGAUGAGCUGGAAUAUGAAGGACCUCCUGCUCCUGUAUGUUAUUUCAUUGUUGCUGGGAAUGAAAACGAAAUAUUUUAUUUACAUCCUUUUGAACACACGGUCCAAGUAACUCAGCCUUUGGACAGAGAAGAACAAGAUCUUUACUUACUACUCGUCAAAGCCACAGAAGACUGUUCACAUCCGCCUUCAGUCGAACAUUUCUUUGACGUAAACGAUGACACUCAAUUAAAAGUCAUAGUGAAAGUAAAAGACGUCAAUGACAAUGCUCCCAGAUUUACCAGAAGAGUUUUCACUGGAGGUGUCAGCACUGCAACUUCCUUCGGCACCAAGUUCAUGCAAGUCAAAGCAGAAGACCCAGACGACGGUCAAAACGCUCUUUUGUCUUACUACCUAGUUGGUAAAGUCCAGAUGACCCUUACAGAAGGUCUAGAUAGUCUUUCCAGAGUCCCGUUCAUUGUAGAAAAAGAUUCUGGAGAAGUCCAGUUAAAUUUCGAUCCCCAGCAAGGCAUGAAAGGAUACUUUGACUUUAUGGUGGUUGUUAAUGAUACUGGAGGACUCCAAGACACUGCUAGGGUAU